CGCUGACAUGUUAAAAGUCCAACUAUUUACAUGACAAUACUGCCGUUGAUCCAUGGAUUAUAAAGAGAGGACGCACCUCCCAACCCAGUGAGACCAAAGUUGACCUUCACAAUGGGAAAGAUAAUUUUCUACGAAGACAGAAACUUCCAGGGUCACUCUUAUGAGUGCGGUGUAGAAUGCUCUGACCUACAUGCCCACUUCCGCCGCUGCAACUCCAUCAAGGUGGAGAGCGGCAACUGGAUGGUGUACGAGAGGCCCAGCUACAUGGGCUAUCAGUACUUCCCGAAGGAAGGCGAGUUCUCCGACUACCAGCGUUGGAUGGGCUUCAAUGACUGCGUCAGGUCCUGUCGCAUGAUCCCCCCAGGUAAGAGACGGAUUAAGGAAGAGCACCAGGGAUCUCACCGUAUGAGAAUCUUCGAGUCGCCCGAGUUCGGAGGACAGAUGACGGAGUUGACAGACGACUGCCCCAACCUCUACGAC